CAGCCCCCGCCCCGCUCCCGGGAGCGGGCGGCGGAGCCGAGCCGAGCCGCGCCGGGCUGCGGGGGACAGGGACGGGGGGACAGGGACAAGACGGUGCCACCCCUCUCCUGCCAACCCUGCGCUGUCCCCAGCCCCCGCGCUGCAAGGGGACAGCGGGGGGGCAUCGCUGGCAGGGGCCGUGUCCCCCCCCAUCCCACCCCACCUUGGCGACACGGAGGAUUUCGCAGUGGCAGCAGGGCGCUCCCAGGACCUGAUGGAUUUCUGAUACCCCAUUCCUGAGGGGCUGGAAGGAGCAUGGUUAAACACCAGCCGCUGCAGUACUACGAGCCGCAGCUAUGCUUGUCCUGUCUGACGGGGAUCUACGGCUGCCGCUGGAAACGGUACCAGCGCUCGCACGAUGACACCACCAAGUGGGAGCGCCUCUGGUUCCUGAUCCUCACCUUGUCCUUCUUCCUGACCCUGGUCUGGUUUUACUUCUGGUGGGAAGUUCGCAAUGACUACAAUGAAAUCAACUGGUUUUUAUAUAACCGAAUGGGAUAUUGGAGUGACUGGUCCAUUCCAAUACUUGUAACGACUGCUGCUGGCUUUACGUACAUUACAGUGUUAUUGAUACUAGCACUAUGUCACAUAGCUGUGGGACAGCAGAUGAACCUGCACUGGCUUCACAAGAUUGGCCUGAUGAUGACCUUGAUAACUACCGUGGUGACCAUGUCAUCGAUAGCACAGCUUUGGGACGACGAAUGGGAGAUGGUAUUUAUUUCACUGCAAGCCACAGCCCCUUUCCUGCACAUAGGAGCGCUUGCGGCGGUCACAGCCCUGUCGUGGUUGAUAGCGGGGCAGUUUGCACGAACGGAGAAAGCCACUUCGCAGAUGCUGAUGUUCACUGCAUACCUUGCGGUCGUAGUUGCACUUUACCUCGUCCCCCUCACCAUCUCGUCCCCUUGCAUCAUGGAGAAGAAGGCUCUGGGCCCAAAGCCAGCCAUCAUAGGUCACCGUGGAGCACCAAUGUUGGCACCAGAAAACACCCUGAUGUCCUUCCAGAAGGCAGUGGAGCAGAAGACGUAUGGAGUCCAAGCUGAUGUCGUACUGAGCUACGAUGGAGUGCCAUUUCUGAUGCACGACAAGACGCUCAGGAGAACAACCAACGUGGAAGAAGUGUUUCCCGAGAGGGCCUACGAGCUCGCCUCCAUGUUCAACUGGACUGACCUGGAAAAGCUCAAUGCUGGGGAGUGGUUCCUACGGAACGACCCUUUCUGGACGGCUGGGUCUCUCUCGAGGUCUGACUACUUGGAAGCUGCCAACCAGUCGGUCUGCAAGCUGGCAGAUAUGCUGGAGGUGAUCAAGGAUAACACCUCGCUCAUCCUGAACUUUCGGGACCUGCCCCCGGCCCAUCCCUACUACAGCACUUACAUCAACAUCACCCUGAAAACCAUCCUGGCGUCAGGAAUUCGGCAACAGGCUGUGAUGUGGCUGCCGGAUGCGGAGCGGCAGCUGGUCAGGCAGAUUGCUCCGGGAUUCCAGCAGACUUCUGGCCUCAAGCUGGACGCAGAACGCAUGAGAGAGAAAGGCAUCGUGAGGCUCAACCUGCGCUACACCAAGGUCACGAACGAGGAUGUCAGGGACUACACCACGGCGAACCUGAGUGUGAAUCUCUACACUGUGAACGAGCCCUGGCUGUACUCCAUCCUCUGGUGCACUGGUGUCCAGUCGGUCACCUCCGACAGCUCCCACAUCCUUCGCAAGGUGCCUUUUCCCAUCUGGCUGAUGCCUCCAGACGAGUACCGCCUAAUCUGGAUCACUUCUGAUCUCAUUUCAUUUAUCAUAAUUGUAGGAGUUUUUAUAUUCCAGAACUAUCACAUGAUCAGGUGGCGUUUAGGAAGCAUCAGGACCUACAACCCGGAGCAGAUCAUGCUCAGUGCUGCUGUCCGCCGGUCCAGCCGGGAUGUCAAGAUCAUGAAGGAGAAGCUGAUCUUCUCGGAGAUCAACAGUGGCGUGGAGACCACGGACGAGCUGUCCCUCUGCUCCGAGAAUGGCUACGCCAACGAGAUGGUCACCCCCACGGAUCACCGGGACACCAAGCUGCGGAUGAACUGAGGGGCUUCCAGCCCAAGCCCAUGGGUGGCCAACCCCACGUUCGCUCCGGCAACGAGAGCCGUGCUCUCCUGCUGGCCAUGGGACGGGACUUUGAAGGAACUGCUGGCUGGGCAGCUCGCCCCUUCCCGUUCCACCAUCAGUGGCUGCUCCACCUCCCUGGUUGCGAGGUUGGGGGGGCUUUUGUUUUUUGUAAAUAUGUAAAAAAAAAACAAAAAAAAAUCCGAAUUUUGUCUUUUUUUGUGUAAUUUUUCCAGGGCAUGAGUGGAAAUACCACGUUCAUUAAAUCCUCUACCCUUA